AUGGCGUCGCUGUUCAAGGUCAAGGCGCUGUAUGACUUCGAAGCUAAGGAAGAGGAUGAUUUGCGCUUUCCCGCCGGACAGAUCAUCGACGUGACUGAGGAGGUGGAUGAGAAUUGGUUGGAGGGCAAAUACACAGACACUACGGGCUCCAUCCAGUCCGGAAUCUUCCCUCGCGAGUUCGUGGAGAAGUACGAGCCACCGCUGCCUGUUCGACCGUCGAGACCGACGAGGCCGAAGCAAGAAGCGGCACCUCUCCCACCUGCUGCUGCACCGGCUCCGGCACUUCCACCUCGAGAAGCAGAGCUCGAAGAAGAGGAGGAUGAUGAUGAACAAGCGCCUCCUGUGCCCGCCACGUCGAAACCUCAGGCGCCACCCGUUGAUGUUCCCCAAGCUUCUAGCAAGCACGAGGAGGCCAGAUCGGCGCCUUCUGCUACGUUUCUCAAGAGCCCGCCGAUGAACAGCGAGCCUCCGCCAGCUCCCAAGCCAACUCCGGCCGAGCCAGCAGCUCAGGCCAGCUCCAAGAAGCCUCCGCCGGUCGCUGCCAAAUCCAACGCCUUUCGGGACAGGAUUGCUGCAUUUAAUCAAGCAGCUGCCGCUCCCAUAGCGCCAAUCGCUCCAGGCGGUGCCAAGCCGUCCUCCUUCAUCAGGAAGCCAUUCGUCGCUCCUCCGCCAAUGGCCAAUUCCUACGUGCCACCACCCAAGAUCGAACCCGUACACAAGCCCUACAUCCGAGAUGAAGAUCCCGAGAUCAGGCGAAGACAGGAAGAGGAUCGUGCUGCAGCUGAAGCUGCUGGCCUGACUGCCGAUGUGCCUGCCGGGGAAGAUGAGGAUGAGGAUGGUCCACAGCCCACGAGUCUGAAGGAGCGAAUCGCGCGCUUACAACAGCAACAGCUGGAACAAGCUCAACGAAGAGCAGAGGGCGGCCAGAAGAAGGAGAAGAGGCCUCCAGCCAAGAAGCCGUCUGAAUCCUCGGACCAGGCAGCAGCACUGGCCGAGGACGACGAAGAGCUGGCCAGGGAACGGAGUCAAGAGACAGCCGAGCGACAGUCACUAGCCGAGCGACAGUCACUAGAUGUUUCCCGACCAUCCCUUGAUGCUUCCAGAGAGCGUCCACGCGUUCCCUCUGCUCAGAGACGCCCACAGGAGCCGCUUUCUCCCGUUCCGACAGCACCAGAGCAUGAGCUGGUAAGCGAUGGCAAUGAAGCAGAUCAAUCUGCUGCAGGAGAAACCACUGAAGAUGACGGCGGCACGAUUGGUCCAGAUGACAGCGAUGCUCCUCCUGCUGCGUCUCUGCCACGCGCAGCUGCCGCUCCGAAGCGUGAGCCAGAUGUGGGCGACGAAGAGGAUACGACCGAGGACGCGGGGAACGACGGAGAGGACAGCAUGGACGAGGAGACUCGUCGCCGCAUGGAGCUGAGAGAUCGCAUGGCAAAGAUGAGCGGUGGAAUGGGUAUGGCGGGCAUGUUCGGAGGUGGCAUGCCAAUGCCUGGUGGUGCUCCAAAGAAGCGGUCCACCAAGGAGAAGAGACCAAGCGACGAGACGGCGCCUACCUCUCCUCCGCCUCAACAGAGAGUGCCAAUGAUACCGGUCCCUGGCAUGAACCGCGUCCAAAGUCCGGAGUCGGACAGGACGCAGACAGCUGCUGAGAGGGAUGAAGCGGCGGGUGGAGACCGCGAUGAUGAGGAGCAUGUGAAGGCAAUUCCUCCAUCGCGAAAGUCAACGACCGAAGAGCGUGGAGCUCCGCCGUCGGUACCGAAAGGUGAGUUACAACAUGGGCCAUUCAGCUCGAAGCGAGCAACUGCUCGUGUAGCCAAGCCAGGUGGCCGUGUCAAUCAAGUGCACCUCCGUGGCGCAUCUUUGUCUUCAACAGACGGCGCAGAGGACACAUUGAUGGCACAGAGACCAAGCAGUGAGUUGCGAGCAUCGAGCCAGCAUAGAUAUUCCUAUCUCCAGUCAUUCUUCUUGACUUCCUUGCUGACAAAACUCCAGAUUCGCGUCCGUCGAUGGAUCGUGGGCCUCCGCCACCUGUCCCAAGCAGCAGCGCUAUGCCUACUCCACGGCCCACUGCUCCAGAGUCGCGGCCUGUACCGCCUCCUCCCACUGCUCCUCUAUCGCCUGGACCGGGCUCUGAAUCCGACGAUGAAGCGUCACUUCGCCCUGCAACCGGAGCAGAGACGUCUGGUGGAGAGACUCCGGGUCCUUUGCCUACAAGAGCUCCCGGCGCACCUCCUGUGCCAACUAGUGCAUCCAUUCAGUCUUCCGAGAGCAAGCGGUCAUCCUACUAUGCCAGUGAAUCACAAUUAACGACUGCGGAAAAAAGAGCGAGUAGACCUCCGCCUCCUAUUCCGGGCAGUCCGUUGAUAUCUGCACGGCCUCCCCCACCUCCUCCGCCAGCAUCAAUUCCCAGCCGAAGCGGAACAACUCACGAAGAGGACGAGGAGCGGAGAGAAUCGGAUUACGAGGGUGACUACGACACUGACAUCGCCUCAAGCGCGAAGCACAAAGAUGCACUGAAAGCUCACAUUCGUGAGCCAAGCCUGGACGACAGCACCACUGGUCCUGAGACACCACUGAGCUCGCCGCCUCAACCGCCGCCUCAUGCUUCCGCUCACAGGGCGGUGCCACCACCGCCUCCUUCGCAAGCUCCUCCCAAAUCGCGGCCGUCCAUGGAUGCACCAAGGGCACCACCGCCUAUACCUCCAGCUGCUCCGCAAUCUAUGACUGAAAGCAAUGAUGACGACUAUGAUCCGUAUCGCUACGAUAGCCUGGCAGCGCGAAGUCCGCCCGCGGUACCCGGAGGGUUUCCUGUGGUAGCUCCCCCACUCCCAUCUAGAGAGUCCCAGCCAGCACAGGAGAGCUCUGCAGAUGAUUCAUACUCUAUAACCCCACCAAGACCCUCGAUGGACCGUCCGCCUCCAGCGCCUCCACGGGAUAGACCAGUGCCUCCGCCGCCGCAAGAGGCCGCUCCACCCCCAACAAGAGCUCCACCGAGGCAGUCCUUGGACGUGCAAAGGACAAAAUCGACCUCUCGGCGCUCUAUGGACCAAUCCAGACCGUUGGGAGAGAACGGCCAGAUUGCAAAUGAUAUUCCACUUGCUGAAGAUACGGCGUGGUGGGCUGCGCAAUAUCCCCUUCCUCCGAUUUUGCAGAGCCGCAAUGGCGUGGACAUCCUCUCUGAGUCGGAGGAGUCCGCGACGCCCAAGCGCGGCGGCAGGAAAGAGGUCUCGAAAGACAUCUACGUGCUUUUCAUCGACUACAGUCAAACCCACAUUAAUGCUCGUUAUGACGCUAGUAACCCGGCGGAUGUUUUGCUGGAGCAAAAGCACCUGCAACCGCCACCGAAGCUGCGGCAAGACCAGUUGGAGGCUUACUGGCAGCGCUUUGGCAAGAAAAUCUCCGAAGCAGCCAACUCGCUCGGGCAGAGCAAGAAGGAAAACAUUGUCGGCGAUGGCUCACCUACCAGCUUCGUGUCAGAGCUCAUCAGAACACAGAAGGAAGCUCUGCAACCCGUCGGCACACGUGCUUAUGGCUCUCUGGUAUACGCCAACCUCGCCAAUGCAUCUACCAUGCAAUUUGAUGAGAUCCGAGCGGGCGACGUGGUGACGUUGCGCAAUGCGCGGUUCGAAGGAUCUCAUGGCGCGAUGAAGCACAAGUAUAAACAGGAAUAUGGCACCUCGCAUGUAGCGAUUGUGGAAGAAUGGGACGGGACGAAGCGAUCCAUCCGAGGCUGGGAACAGGGACGGGAGAAGAAGGAUCGAGGGGUGCGGAGUGAGAAGUUUCGACUUGGGGAUCUGAAGAGUGGAGAGGUGAGGGUAUGGAGGGUUGUUGGGAGGGAUUGGGUGGAUUGGUCCGAUGAGUAG